CCAGGCCUGAUCUAUAUAAAGCAGGUCGCCCGUCCAAUACCUGGUCCCCGAGGGAGCUGUGCUGUUUCAUCUGCCUUUCCCUCCCGGGAGCUUCCCUUGUAUAUGAACCUGGCCGGCUUCUCCUUUUUCUCGGGUAUAUGCACCAUGACAGCGGACUCCCUCCACUCGCCUAGUCAGGGGGCUAGCCCGGGCUCCCCCACUUUGCAGAGGGCCUCCCCGUCGGGCUGCAAAGUGGAACCGCUCCUCAUCAAAGCGGAGCCCAGAGGCAGCCCGGCAGAGAGACCAGCGGAGCAGCCGGUGGAGGAGCAGCCACCUGGCCCCGGCGCAGGUGGUGGUGCGGGAGGCGGCGGCGGCCGUCGGAGGAAGCGCCCGGUGCAGCGCGGCAAGCCGCCGUAUUCCUACAUCGCGCUGAUCGCCAUGGCCAUCGCCAACGCGCCCGAUCGGCGGCUGACGCUGGGCGGCAUCUACAAGUUCAUCACGGAGCGCUUCCCUUUCUACCGGGAGAACCCCAAGAAGUGGCAGAACUCCAUCCGCCACAACCUGACCCUCAACGACUGCUUCGUCAAGAUCCCCCGCGAGCCGGGCCACCCGGGCAAGGGCAACUACUGGACGCUGGACCCGGCCGCCGAGGACAUGUUCGACAACGGCUCCUUCCUCCGGCGCAGGAAGCGCUUCAAGCGCACCGACCUCACCACCUACCCGGGCUACGUGCACAGCGCCAGCGCCUUCACCCCCAACCCGGGCCCCGUGGCCCGAGCGGGGCCCGGCUGCGGAGGCUCCGGAGGCGCCUCUUACCCGGGCGGCGGGGGCGCCCUCUACUCCCCCGGCGGCGGCGCCGCCUACAGCGCGCAGCUGCCCGGCCUUCCGCAGUACCCGGGGGCGCCCCCGGCGCUGCCGCCGCGGAUGUUCAGCAUCGACAGCCUCAUUAGCUCCCAGCAGCAGCAGCAAGCAGCCGCGGCGGCGGCCCUGCAAGGCUCCCCGGUGGGGCCCGAGCUGGCUCACCACCCCUUGGGCCUCAACGGCGCCGGGGACCUGGGCAGCUGCCCCGGGAGCAACGCCGAGGCCUGCUUCCAGACGCAGCAGGUCAGCCCCGGCUUCCUGGGCCGGCAGCCCCCGGCCAUGGCCUACCCGUACUCGACCUCGCCGCCCGCCCACCUGGCCUUGCCGCCCGGCGCCUAUUCGCCUCCCAGCGCGCAGCUCUACGGCGCCCCCAACAGGCUGGCCCUGCAGCCCGGGCGGCCCGCCCCCUCUUCUUGCGCCGACCACGCCGAGCAGCUGUUGGGCCUGGCGGCCUCGCAGCUCAACGGGCUCGGGCAGUUCGGAGGCGCCGCAAACAACAACUCAUACAUGAGGCAGCCCAAUUUCCACUCCGGCUUGGAAAGGUACUUGUGAAGCCGAGGUGGGAAGCCGGCCUUGGCUGGGCAGGCGGGCAAAGCCAUAACGUGAAUCGCCUAGGACAUUUUAAGAAUCGGCACGUGGGAAGGGAGCUGCGCGCCUGGUACUUGAAUGGAACUCUGGUCGGCGUGACCUGCUCGCGUGUGCCCCUGAAUUGCGAGGAAGCCCACGGCGGGGGCGCCCAUAGCAACGUCUGAACGGCAUCCGCGUGGUUUGGAACCCGUGGAAACUCUACACGUGAAGCAUGCCGGCAGCACAAGGGAAGGAGCUACCCAGCGCCUCCCCACCCCACGUGUCCAAAGGAACAUGCGGUGGGGCAUCCCCAUACAAAAAGUGAGGACUGCCACAGGUCUUUUGAGAAUAUUGUACACAUGUAACAUAUUUUCCCCUCCUCCAAUAGGAUCAUGGAUUUGCAAUUUAGGACUUUUACAUAGAGACUCUCUGCCUGUAACAGCCGCUUGAGAGGCACAGAGCCCCUCAUGAAUAGACAUUCUGGGUGUUGCCCAGUGCGCUGGAAAAUGUGCUGCAACAUUGAGCAGUGAGCUUGAAGAUCCAAGUCUUGCAGUUUGGCUAGUCCAACAGAAUAGGAGAUACUGAACAGUGUUUUGCUUUUUCUUUUUAAAUGAUGUGUUGAUUGGCCCAAUAAGUUGUGAUUUAUU